UAACAAAAUUAAUUGAUUGAUAUCAUCACAGCUAUAAUAUGGCCCAAGAAGGUCCCGAUCCCAAGGAUGAUCAUCCGCAGUAUUUAGAUCCCAGCGAGCUUGGGACGAAGGAAUAUUGGGAAACAUACUACAAACGAUCGCUGGAAUACCUUAGCUCAAAAAAGACCGAUGCUAUUCUUCUCACGACAGCCACGGAAAAUCCCUCGGAUAAUGAUAACGAUGAUGAAGUACGAGGAGACGACGACGACGACAUCGGAACAUCGUGGUUCUCCGAACACCAGGCGGCGCGCAAAGUCCUCAAGUUCCUAACCUCCCGCUCCUUCCCGCUCUCCCCACGAAACACUUCUUCCGCGCAGACAACGAUUCUAGAUCUGGGGACGGGGAAUGGCGGCAUGCUAGCUUUGUUGCGGAGGAAAGGCGGGUUUAGCGGGGAUAUGGUCGGGGUAGAUUAUUCGGCGCAGAGUGUGCAGUUGGCCAGGGAAUUGCAGCGGUUGAAAGUGUCGACCGGGUAUGCUACUGAUAAGGAGUAUGAUAGUGAUGAUAGCGAAGGGGACCAGGACGAAGAGGGGGAGGGUGACGGUGGAGAGGCUGAGCAGCGGGAUAUUCGCUUUGAGGAAUGGGAUGUGCUCGACCCGGUUAAUGAAGAUGCCCUUGCGCAGCGUGGUGGGAAGAGGAUAUCCUGGUUUCCGUAUGACAGAAACGGAUUCGAUAUUGUUCUUGACAAGGGCACGUUUGAUGCUGUUUCAUUGUCAGAUGAAACUAUUGCUGAGGAAACAAGCACAAGCAAUAAGGAUGAUAGUGAGAAGAGUGAUAGGAACGGCAAGAUUGUCCAACAACGCAUCUGCCAUAAAUAUCCACUCAUGGCGGCUAAACUCGUUCGGCCGGGCGGUUUCUUAGUGGUGACAAGCUGUAACUGGACGGAGGAGGAGCUGGUUCGAUGGUUUCUGGCAACGGGCGAUUUGAGGGUUUGGGGUCGUGUGGACUAUCCACAGUUUGGGUUUGGGGGGUAUCAAGGGCAGGGGGUGUAUACGGUGUGUUUUGAGAGGAAGAGUUAAAGGUCAG